GCGCUCCACGCCUACAUAUUCGUCAUUAUUGAAUUUCCUCCCACACCAGAACCAGCAGCACAGCAUGAGCCGACCGAACAACAUGAGCGCCGCCCUCUUCCUCCAGAAGUCGUACGACAUGAUCAUGAACUGCCCGGACGACGUGGCCGCAUGGAGCAACAAUGGCACGUCCUUCGUCGUCAACCAGAUCAAGGACCUCGAGAGCAUUUGGCUGCCGCGCUACUUCAAGCACAACAACUUUACGAGCUUUGCGCGCCAGCUCAAGUUUUACGGCUUUGACAAGUACAAGAAGCACAACCAGAGCGGCGACCUCGACGCCGACUCGGUCUGGGAGUUUACGCACCCGCUCUUCCUCCGCGAUGCGCCCGAGAAGAUGGUGUCGAUCCGCCGCAAGACCAACACGAGCUCCGAUGUGAGCGAGAAGGUCGACAAGACCGAAGUCUCGGCGCUCAAGGAGAAGAUGUCGUCGCUCGAGUCGCAGCUCUCGGCCUUGACCAACCAGAUCUCGAUCUUGACCAACUUUGUCCACUCGUACGUCGAGACGAACGCGCUCGAUGCCGAGGUCGAAGCCGAGCCGCUUCGCAAGAAGGCCAAGCUCACGUCGUCGCCGCGCGAUGUCUCGAACUUUGUGCCCGUCGCCGACGAGAUGGACCUCUCGGAUAUUGACGACGGUAUCCUCGACACGCUCCUCUUCGGCACGGCCACGCCCGCCGAAGCCGUAACGUUUGACAUGCAAAUGCCGCUGCUAUUGUAAAUCGCACCCCUCGGCGCUGCACCCAUCAUGGCUCGUCCAUUAUGGCGCGUGCACUGCGCCGUUGAAGCAUUCUGCAUCGACUGUAUUCCGCUGCGUCUAUCAAGUCGCCUCAUGGCACGCUAUUCCUAUACUGUGCCGGUCGCCGCUGAUGUCUCGUACCUUCCCCAAAGACUACGACUCAAGCGACCACAGGACCGACUGAUCUACUACGCUAAUACAUUCCAUUGUGAUCUACCA